AUGCAACAAGAAGUCAUUGUAUAUAUUACUGGAAUAUGUCCUCAAGCUACACGUGAAUCGGUGUAUCGUUAUUGCGCGCAAUUCACAGGAGAAAUCAUCAAUGUCAAUGUUUUUCCUACUAAUGAUGGAUACAAUAAUUUAGCAAACGUUACAUUACACUCAAUUGUAGGCGCAUCCAAUUUAAUUAAUGCAAUUAACUAUCGAAUUGUUGAUGGAAAACCAAUUUAUGCCAAUAUCUGCGGAUAUGACGUCAUUAGGAUUCAAAAUGAAGAGUUAUAUUCAAUAUUCAUUUCCCAUGGUUACUUUUCUUCGGAAAGAGAUUUGUUUGAACAAUGCUUGGAAUUCGGUCAAGUUUUUCGCGUUAAGCUCUUGAAUGGUUGCGCAAUUGUUCAAUUCUACAAUGAAGAGUCGAUGAUUAGGGCAUUAAAUGCACGUACAAUCCGUGGCGGAAAUGUUUCAAAGAAGACUCAAAGAAAGGUAUCGAAACCUCAAGUAGUUGUAAAGGACAAUGUAUCUGUACAGAGCAAGGUUUCAUAUAAGUCACAAAAAUCAAAUAAGUCAAAUUUGGGCGUUUCAUACGUUCCUAGAGAAAAAGUUGGAGUUUUCAAAUUUGAAAUAACACACCAGAGCUCUUCGUCUGCUAUGUAA